AUCACCAUAAAUGACAUAUUGAUCAGGAAGUUGAAUUUUAAUAAAACGAAGAUUAUGGAUAGAAAUUUCAAGCUUUCAGUUAUCGCUUCCUGGCGUGACAGCUAUGUAACAUGCGAAUAAAACGAUUUCAAAAUGUGUUAGAAAAUAGAUUACAUGUAUGCUUCCUUACUUAUUGUAGAAAGACUAUAUAGAAGUAAUCGAUUUUUACUGCAUGAAUAUGUUAAAAUAAAAUUCUCAUCUUUACCCUCGCCUUCCUUUAGAAAAAAUUUACACUAGUUUCACUAUUUUUAUAUCGCUCAUAAAAUAUUGAUUAAUAUUUCUUAGUUGUUCAAAAUAGCAUAAUUCACUUCUAAUACUAACAAGAAGAUUUGUGCCGAUGGACGGCAGUAACACGUAAUACUACGAUAUAAAAUUUUGACGCGUGUCAGUUGAUUUUGUUAAACAUAUUACAUGCAAGUUAUUUAGGUAAACGAGGGUGAAUAAUUUUCUGGCGUCUUCUCCUCUUUCUGACUCUCCAAUAGUUUAAAUCUAGAACCCAGAAGGCUCGUGACUCACGAAGGUGCUGGUAGCUCCGAUUAAAUCGCACUUAUCAUGGCUAUCAGUUUUUGGAAAUGCUUGGAAAAAAAAGAAAGUAGAGCUAAACUUCGACAACGUUCUUCAAAUGUGCAGAAAAAAUUAGCUGUUGAGAGUCCAAAGUAUCAAAACUCAUUCCGUCUCGAUGCUCAUCAGCCAUUCAGAAUUGAUCCAGUGGAUCUGAUAGUUAGAACAGUCAUGGAAUAUCGUUUUGAAGAUAUAACUUAUGAUAUGAACACAACACCGCCUUUAUGCAGUCAAGUAGCUGCGGAAAUUAGAAAAAAAAUUAUGAAUUUACAUUUUGAUAGGUAUAAAAUUGUCGUAUUUGUGACAAUAGUAGAAAAAACAAGUCAAUCGAUAGACUCUGUCUGUGGCUUUUUAUGGGAUGUUAAGAAAGAUAAUUAUUCUACUUAUACUUUUGAAAAUCAAUCUUUUUUCGCUUACUGUUUUGUUGGUGGUAUUUAUCACGAAUGAAU